AUGUACGCGCGACGGCUACUAUCCAAGCCAUUACUUGCACGUCGACUCGUACCACAGACGACGCGUGUUGCACGUCUCAAUGUCUCUCGUGCGGCCCUCGUUCGUGGUUAUGCACAAGAUGUUGUUCGAGAUCCGAUGACUGGCGAGCUCACCUCGCUCCCUGAUAUUGAUCCAGCACGCCUUCAUGUUAUCCGAACGUCGAAACCCAAAGUUCCUCCUCCGGCAAAGACAUUGGUCUUUGGUCACACCUUUACGGAUCAUAUGUUGGUGAUCCCGUGGUCACAAACAACGGGAUGGCAAGCUCCGCAAAUUCGACCUUAUGGUCCGUUGAGUUUGGAACCGAGCGUUACUGUGCUCCAUUAUGCACAAACGCUGUUCGAGGGUAUGAAGGCGUACCGGGAUGAGAAUGGAAAGGUCACGCUCUUCCGACCUGACAUGAAUAUGAAGAGAAUGAAUAAGAGUGCAGCAAGAAUUGCCCUCCCGACUUUUGAUGCGGACGCGCUGCUAGACUGUAUCAAAACUCUUAUCCGACUUGACGCACAUUGGAUCCCACAAGAGGUUGGCCACAGUUUGUAUAUCCGUCCAACCCUCAUUGGCACUCAACGAGCAAUUGGAGUUAACCCUCCGAACGAGGCGCUCCUAUUUGUCAUCUGCUCCCCUGUCGGACCAUACUACCCUACCGGUUUUAAACCUGUAUCGCUCAUGGCCACUACGGAGUAUAUUCGAGCGGCACCUGGAGGUACUGGGGGGUAUAAGCUUGGUGCAAACUAUGCACCUGGGGUCGUCCCACAAAAGGAAGCAGCCAAGCUUGGGUACAGUCAGAACCUUUGGCUCCUUGGCCCCGAGCACUACCUAACCGAAGUGGGAACGAUGAAUCUGUUUGUCGCGCUCAAGAAGGAUGACGGCUCUGCAGAGCUAGUUACUCCUCCUCUGGACGACGUUAUUCUGCCAGGAGUUACUCGUGACUCGGUACUUGCUCUCGCCAGAGAUCAUGCGUCCGGCAAGAAUCCCAUCAAGGGACUUCCCAAAAGCCUUACGGUUUCGGAACGUCCCAUUACCAUGAAGGAGGUCAAGGAAAAGGCACAAUCUGGCAAAGUGAUUGAGGUUUUCGGUACAGGAACGGCGGCGAUCAUUUGCCCCGUUGAGAGGAUUGGCUAUCUUGGAGAAGACAUUACCAUACCCACCGGAGAGGCUGGCAUCGGCGAUAUUGCCAAGGGCCUCCUUGGAGAAAUUGUCGGUCGACAGAUGGGCACCAUUCCCAGCGAUUGGUCCGUUGUGGUUUCAGAAUAG